UGGAACUGCGAUGCAGCCGAGGGCUAUGCGCUGGCGCGAUCGGACGUGCAACUACCCAGCGACAACAACACCAACACCUUGAGCUUCACCGAGCCGCAAUGGUCCCAGUCCAGCAGCAGCAGCAGUGGCAGGAGGAGGAGGAGGAGGAGUAGUACCUCCGUCUCCCCGAGGCGGGGCCGCCCCCCGUCGCUGGAGAGACAGGACGCGUUCCGCGAUGAGCGGACGGCCAAGUCGAGACACUCUCGUCAUCAUCAUGACUCCUAUGACGAGCACCUACUGAGUCCCAAUGAGAUGGCGGAGCACCAAAGCAGGGGAGGGGAUGAAGAGGCGAGGGAGAUUGCGGACCUCUAUUGCAUGGGCUUGCUCUACGACAACGAGUAUGAGCGCGGGGCCGGGUUCUCGCUGGAUCGCAUUGUUCGGGACUGCGCGGGAGAGCCGGCUUAUUCGGUUCGUGUGCGGCCGCGCAAGCGGGCUAGGCGAGCCGAAUCGGGUUUCGUUUCGCUUUGCUCUGUGGAUUUGGCGUUUGGGGCGUUUACAAAAGAUGAGGCGUUGGCUGGCUGGUUGAUGUCGGGUUUUCAGCGAGAAGAAGCGGCGGAUCUUCGGGCUGCUGCUGCAUCCAUCGUGCAUGAGCCCCCGAUGUUGACGCCCAUUUACGAGCUGGCUGACGACGCCGCUUCAGCCGCGUCAGCGGAGGAUUUUCUUGAUUCGGCCUAUGUUUCUCAGCUCUCUGAUUGUGCUGGAAAUGACGAUGCAUCGGCAUGGGCAAUCGUCGACGGAUGUAAUGGGACGAACGAGAAGGCGCCAGCGGUGGGAGUACCAGGCAUGCUGGAGGAAGCGGUGGAAGAGGAGGGCGGCGUCGACCCCUGGGUUGUGCUGGGCCAUGACGGCUCGUAG